CCUGCCUCAGUCUCCGUCAUCAACAAACUGACUCAAAUAGAAAUUUAUUAUUAUUUUGAGCUUAUUGGAAUCUCGAGCCUCGCGAGAAAUGCCGUAUAGCUGUACAGUAUCUCCUCUACAUGAAAGAGCUGACUCAUGUCGUUCACGGAGCCUCAAGUUGACAUUUGAAAACACUCUUGCGUCAUCAUUCCGCGACCGCGUGGUUCUGCUGUGGAGGACGCGGAGCAUGGGACCCCUUGGAGCUUUAUUUCUUCUGCUCGUCUCGUGGCCUCAUGUCCCCGGUGCUGCAGGUCACUCUCUGCCCAGCUGCCACGAGCAGCUGGAGUUCAGGUGUAGAGACGGUUCUUGCAUCCCAAGGCUAAAACUGUGUGAUGGACAAACGGACUGUGAAGAUGUUUCAGAUGAACAACACUGCAGUCAUGUGUGGUGUAAGAAAGAUGAAUUUGCGUGCCACAGCAGACAGUGUAUAUCUGCACGUCUCUUGUGCAACGGUGUAAACGACUGUGGUGACGGGAGCGACGAGGAAUCCUGCCAGAAAUGCACCGCUGGUGUCUUCUCCUGCGGUGUGUUUGACAUUUGCCUGCCAACACACAAACUGUGUGAUGGACGGGCAGACUGCAAGGACGGGCGCGAUGAGAUCCAGAAAUUGUGCAGUUUGACCAAAUCGCAUGCCCAGACUUCGCCCACAUGUGCAGCAUCAGAGUUUCAGUGUGGAGAUGGACAGUGCAUCCUCCAGGCGUGGAGGUGUGACAACUCCUCAGACUGCUCUGAUGGCAGUGAUGAGAACAACUGUGGUCACAAUGAGUGUGAAGUCAACAAUGGAGGCUGUUCUCACGUCUGUGUGAAGGAGAAGAUGGGUUUCCACUGCACAUGUCCUAAGGAUAUGAGGCUGGUCGAGGGCAGCCAGUGUGAGGAGGUCAACAGGUGCCUGGAGAUGGAUGUGUGUGAUCAGCUGUGUAAUCAAAUAAAUGGCAGCCUCACCUGUGACUGCGCUGAGGGCUAUGGCAUGAAUCCAACAACCAUAGAGUGCAAAGCCAAAGGUGAUGAUGCUCGACUCGUUUUCACCUCAUCUAAAGGAGUGCAGUGGAUGAGCAUCACUGGCACCGAGCACAGGCAACUGGCCCCACAUUUAUCAGGACCAGGGUCUGUGGCAGCCUUGGCUUCAAACGGCACACUGUACUGGGCCCAGCAAGGACAAGGCUCCAUAUACAGGGUCUCCAUGGAUGGAACGCAACAUAAUGCCAUGCUAGUGCUGAAAGUUAACGGUUCUGUGUCGGGCCUGGCUGUGGACUGGAUCCACCAGCUCCUCUUUUGGACCAGUGUGGAGAGUGGUUCUGUCGAUGUCGCAGCGCUGGGCAGUGUGACACAGCGUCAGCUCAUCACAGGGCUGGAGGAGCCUUCUGCUGUGGCUGUGGAUCCUCUCCAUGGGCUGCUCUUCUGGGCUCAGUGUGGCACUUUCCCAAAGAUUGAAAGGGCUGGUUUGGAUGGUGAAGACACACAGGCUCUGGUUACUUCCUCAGUUCACUGCCCUGUUGCCCUCUCUCUAGAUGUGCCUCGUCAGCUGCUCUACUGGGUUGACCGAGGAAAGAGAAGCAUCUCCAGAGUAAAUCUAAAAGGCCAGGACCGCAAAACAGUGGUAGAGUCGAACGGCUAUCUGGACCGACCCUUCGGACUGGCCGUGUUUGAGGGUUUUGUGUAUUGGAGUGAUGAAGUCACGCUCUCCGUCUGUCGUGCAAACAAGCACAACGGCAGCCGACUACAGACGCUGCUGACAAACUUGCCCUCGCCGGGUGGCGUAGCCAUCAUGCACCCUGCUCUUCAACCUAAUGGUCCAUCUGUGUGUGGACGUGCCCGGACAGUGUGCAGGCACGAGUGCAUUGUCGACCUGCAGUCUGAGAGUCCAAAGUUCACCUGCAUUUUUCCAGAAACGGGACAAAAUACAUCUCAAGAAAUCCCUGCUAUCUCUCACACAAUUCCUGCAUCGAAUUUAUCAGACCCCACGUUUCUUGGAGUCCUGUCUCUUAUCAUAUUUCUCAGUUUGCUGCUGGUGGGAAUGGCCCUGUGGUGGUGGAAGGAGGAGUUCAGGCCCUCCAGGUCUCUCACUGUGCAGAGUUUUUCCCUGAAAGAGUCUCAGGACCCACUCAUUGUCCAGCGGCCACCUGCACCUCAAAGCUCGUGUUUUAUAAAGGUGAACACAGCUUGACCGGCCGUGUUCAGGUUAAUGGCUUACAAGUGUCUGUUCCGCUGCCAGGAAACUCUGCUUAAGCUGGACUUGGACUGUGAACGACAAAAGUGUGAUGCAGAUGGACAGCUGUGUGCAGGAUUCACUUGGAGCAUCAACAACACUGAUUAAACUGCUGCGUCCCAAACUCUCUGGAGGUCAUAUCUCUGAGGAGAUGUCUGGUAAAAAGAAAAAUACUUGAGGGCAAAGAGGGAGGAGAGCUCUCAUCUCUACAGUAGACUACCUCUCGUUAUGGAUGGUGGCCUUUAAUCCGCUUCAUUCUAAAAAGUCUGUGAGCAGCACUAAAUGUCUUUUUUUUUGUGAUUUAAAGGUCCAGUGUGUAAGAGAGCAGACACGGAUGACUCCUGACCGAGCACAUCUCGAAACUACAGUGGCCUGAAUUAAUGUCUUUUUCUUUUGCCUUGUAAGUGUCCACUUCAAAAUGCAAAAAUGCACAUUCAAGAGAAAAGACGGCCACCUCCGUAAAGUGAAUAUAAAAGGCCAAUUCUAAGGCUAUGACAUUUUUUUUUUUUAUUUAAAAGCAAUUAUACACGUAUUGAACGAUUGUUACAUUGUCCAGAGUAUAAUGUGAAUUAUGUGGGUUACUUCUGAAAGCUUCUUUCAAGAAUGCGUCUCAGCAGGUUGCCAGUUGUGUCACAGCCUGAAACGUUUCCAAGACAACCAAUGGAUGGGUGAUUAGUUAACAUUGGAGAUGAAACAUACAUUUGAUUAAUCAGUUAGUUAGUGAGUCACUCUCCAAUAAGAAAAGUGUCAUAAUUGAUUUGCUGAAUAUGAGAAGUGUUUGCUUUUCUUUUUCAUUUUUAAAAUGAAAAUAUCUUUUCCUUUUCUUGCACUGUUGGUCAGACCAAACAAAUGAAAGACUCUGGAAAGUGUAGGUGAAUUUAUUUUUAAAGAAAAUGUAUCCUUUUAAACGAGGAAAUAAUUACUUUGUAGUUUCUGUUAUUAAUUGCUCUUCCUCCACAGUGUUCCCCCAGUUUAAGUCUACUGAAACUACUGUUGCCUUAGCAGGUUUAUUCUUUCAUAGUCGGAAAGAGCGACGCGGUCAUCCGAGGUGAACUGAGGGAAACAAACCUGGCUCUGUCUGCGGGUAAGAACAUGUACGUCUGAAGUUGUGUACGCGCUAACGCGACUGGUUCUGUUUACUUUCUCCUAACCGUAAGCUAGAAAGUAAAUGUCAAACUAUUCCCUCUAAACUAAAGCAACACCCAGCUUGUGGGUGUGCGGUUGAUUGACUUACCUUGUGACGUUGACUCGGGUCUGUUAUUUAUGAGAAGAAAAUGUGUUUGGUGAAGUGAAAACAAUCUGCUUAACAGGGAGUUCUCUUUGAAUGAUUAAUAUGUGCGAUUAAUAUUUACUUUCAAGAAAGGUUUUUAUUUAUUGGGGGGGGGGGGGUUACAGUCAUUGUGUGUGCAGACUGUGCAUAAUUCUGUUAAAAGCUGUAAGUGUAUUAGACCUAAACCGUAAAUAUAUAUAUAUUUUUUUCCCUA